CCUAAGCUCUCCUCGGAUGGAAACAUAAAAGCGUCAGUGGAUUUACCUUCUUUUAUAGGAUUGUGGAGAAAAGCUACAUGCGUUUUUCGCUAGCCCCGACGAAGAGCCACGAGAGUUGACCGAGAAGCUGCACUAAAGUCGUUUUCAUUCCGGUGCACAGUAGACACCUUCCUAACCAUGGCAACAGAAGAUAAGAAACCAGAGACUGAUACAAAACCUCCCAUUGUAUCAUCUGCAUCUGCCAGUCAAAGCAAGUCUGCACCAGCCAAGCCGAACUACAGCCUGAAAUUUACAUUAGCAGGCCACACAAAAGCUGUCUCGUCAGUGAAAUUCAGCCCGAAUGGAGAAUGGCUUGCCAGCUCAUCUGCUGAUAAACUGAUCAAAAUCUGGGGAGCGUACGAUGGAAAGUUUGAGAAAACCAUAUCUGGACACAAACUUGGCAUAUCUGAUGUGGCCUGGUCCUCUGACUCCAACCUCCUCGUGUCUGCGUCGGAUGACAAAACCCUAAAGAUCUGGGAUGUCAGCUCGGGAAAAUGCUUAAAAACCCUGAAAGGUCACAGCAACUAUGUCUUCUGCUGCAACUUCAACCCCCAGUCCAACCUUAUCGUGUCAGGAUCGUUUGAUGAGAGCGUAAGAAUAUGGGAUGUCAAGACUGGGAAAUGUUUGAAAACGUUGCCAGCCCACUCCGAUCCUGUCUCAGCUGUUCACUUCAACAGAGAUGGCUCCCUGAUCGUGUCCAGUAGCUAUGAUGGCCUCUGCCGAAUCUGGGACACAGCAUCAGGACAGUGUUUAAAAACACUCAUAGAUGAUGAUAAUCCACCUGUGUCAUUUGUGAAGUUUUCACCAAACGGCAAAUAUAUCCUUGCUGCUACACUGGAUAACACUUUGAAGCUGUGGGACUACAGCAAAGGAAAAUGCUUGAAAACGUACACUGGCCAUAAAAAUGAGAAGUACUGCAUUUUUGCAAAUUUCUCGGUCACAGGUGGAAAGUGGAUUGUGUCUGGUUCGGAGGACAACAUGGUUUACAUCUGGAACCUGCAGACCAAAGAGAUUGUGCAGAAACUCCAGGGCCAUACAGACGUAGUUAUUUCUACCGCCUGCCACCCUACAGAGAACAUCAUCGCUUCUGCGGCAUUGGAAAACGACAAAACCAUCAAACUGUGGAAAAGCGAUUGCUAAGCCCUUCUUCUGAUCUUUCGGUCCAUUCUUAUUUUGUAUUCAUUUUUAUACGUGUCGCUGUAAGGAAAGAGGACUUUUUUUGUAACAGAGAGCUCCUGCUGGACGCAGAGUGCGUUCAGGUGAUGAUCCUCAGCAAAUUGAACCAAAUGAGUCAAGACCUUUCGCCAUCAGCCGCAUAGCAGCCCACAAACGGAGUCAGUUCUGCACCGGACCUGUUGCCCCUCAUGACAUGUGUACUUAAUCUGUACCUUUCUUUAACAAGUGACUCAACACCAGCAAGAAAAAAAAAAAAGAAAUCACAAGAAAACUGCCGCUGCACUGCCCUCUAGUGGUUGAAACUUACAGGCAUGUUGCACAUCUGGCCACAGCCAAUCAGUGAUGUGGCUGCAGGUACUCUCUGCUAUUGACAGCCACUGAAAAUCCCUGCUGCCACAUCACUGAUUGGCUGUGGCCAGAAGUGCAACGUACCUGAUCUGUUCAACCCCUAGAGGGCGAUGCGGCAGCAGUUUUCCAGCAUUUGUGAUUUAGCAUCAACUUAACCUUCUAAAUAUGUAUUGGAUGUUUUGUUUCAUCAAGCAAAUGGGCAAUUAAUCUCAUUUACAUUUCCUUUAUUCAAAUGAUCACCUUUUUGUCACAUUUUUCAGCAGGGCUGACGCUCAAUCCCAUUGUCUUGGUGCUUUUUUUUUUUUUUUUUUUUUUUUUUUGUGGCACAUCAUUAUUUCUGAUCUCGUUGUUAAAAAGCAGCACCUCCCUUUCUUGUGGUCCUGUGUUAUUUGUUAUGGGUGUUUGGCCUUUGUACAGUUUUCACUUUUUUAUUUCCCUUUGUUAAUGUAUCAGUGCAGUAUGUAGCCUAUAUGUAGUAUUCUCCAAAUUACUUUAAGGGAGAAGGAGUACAGUAUCAAAUUGAAUAGGUAAAAGCUGCAAGGAGUAUUCUUGCUACAUUCAUGUUUGAUAUAUUUAUUCCUGCGGUAUAUAUAUGUAUUUUUUUCCUUCUUCCCAUGACGUGAAGACCGAAGUCAGUGCCAUAACAGCAUCGCCUUGUUCUGAGUCCACAUGUGCUCCUCUCAAGACAUACAGCCUGCUCAGUUUUGGUACAGCACACCGCUGAUUUAUAGGUUAACAAGACAGAUGACUCUAGUAGGGAUUUGACUGUAGUGUGGCUGUGGGGAAGUACACCAGCAAAGCCAAAAACUGGUCAGGAAGAUGAAUUGACUGCCUGCCUCAACAAAAUACGACGUAUUAUGAUUCAGAGGAUAGUUUUCCAACAUGAAGUGGAAUAUAAUGCAGUUAAUAUGGUUAUGUAUUGAGUUACAAUCUUAUUGGAAUAUUGAACUUUAAGACUCUUUCUGUUCCUGAGGUGCUCCUAACUCUGUCUUGUUGUAGUUGCGUUUAAGACACCAAAUUGCAGUUCACCACAGUGACCAAGUGUAAUUAUUUGAUGUUCUUGAUUUUGUAUAUAUGAUUAUGUUGACAUGUAUUGUGAUUUGUUAGAUGAAUAGUACUUCAGCCGUCUCUCUUUUCUUUUUAUGUUCAAAAGCUUGGAGAUCCUUUGCCUGACAGAGGGUUCAUAAGUGUUUUGAGUUUUUUUUUUUUUUUUUUUUUUUUGGUUCUUUUUCUUUACAUUUAAUUAACCUGGAUUUUAUGGAUUUAUUGCAUUUGUGGCUUCAUAAGAACAUUUUUUUGUAAGUUUUAUAUUAAGUUUAACAUGAGUAUUUUUUUUUUUUUUUUUAAAUCUCGUUCUUGAUAGUCGUUUAACCCUUCGGUGAGAUCACAUCUGAGGUGGCGUGUACGAGGAAGAUGUAAGUGUUGAAACUGUCCCUUUACAUGCACCUUUUGACAGAGACAAUAAAACGGCAUCACUCAA